AUGUCGAAAAUCUCAAACCUAGACUAUGCUGCCCUUAAUCUCUCCGGAGACAACUAUUUGCAAUGGACACUUGACACAAAGAUUAACUUGAGGUCAAAGGAACUCGGUGAUGCUAUCAUCGAGGGCAACAAUGAGACUGAUAAGAAUCGUGAGAUGAGACCCAUCGGAACAGCAGCAUUACCAGAAGCCAAUGAGGCUGAAAAGAAAGAUCCCAAAGAGUGCAACCACGUCCAUGAUGAUAAGAGAUCACACGGCAAAGGCCGUAGUAGAUACAAAGGACAUGGCCGUGACAACUACUCAUAUGGCCGGCAAGGAAACCACAAUAACCGUGGUCGUGGUUCCAGCUAUGGCCGUGGCCGAGGCAGUUAUGGCCGUGGUCGAGGCGAGAGCCUUAAGAACAAGAACCCAGAAGCCCAUAUGGUUCAUGAUACCGGGUAUGAUGCUGAUGAUGAUUCCGACCUUGAAAAGGACGACCUCUUGGAUUUUGAGACUUCUGAAUGUCUCAAAGACUAA